AUGGCGGCUACCGAAGGCUUGCACUCAUGGGGAUGGAGAAGGAUGUACACCGACGCUUGCAUGCUUCUUGCUUACGCCGACGUCCUCGACUUCUCUGCUACCGGGGACAACGCGCUCGCGCUGUCCGCCGUGUCACACCUCGACCACUCUAUCGUCAUCGCUGGCGCACCAGGGGAGGGAAGGUGGAACGCCAUCCUCGACAUCAUAGACGGCAUCCAGGCAGAAUGCCUUGACUUCUCGUCAAGUCAGCGGAAGGACGUCUCGUUCGUGGCCGCAGCGCACCCCUCUUCCGAGUCUAACUUUGUUGCCGCGCCUCUGCUAAGUGCCGAGAAGCCGGUGCUGCGUCUCGACACCCCGCCUUCCCUGGGUACGUUUGUAUCCCGCUUGUCACGUCAGCCCUUCGUGCUGCCGGGGUUCCUGCUCGAUUGGCCGGCACUCAACGAGCAUCCCUGGAGGUCGCUGGACUACCUGCGCGCUGUUGCCGGGCCGGGCCGGGUCGUUCCUGUAGAAGUUGGGAGCGACUAUAGGAGCGACGAUUGGACGCAGAAGAUGAUGCCAUGGGACGAGUUCCUCGCCAACCUUGAGGAGGACGAGGGAGACCGGCCGGCAGGGACGCCACCCCGUCCUGUGUUGUACCUGGCACAGCACAGCCUGUUCAGUCAAUUCCCUGCGCUCACGGAGGACAUUCUCGUUCCUGACUACGUGUACUGUGAUCUUGGUCCGCCGGAGGACUAUCCCCGGUACGUACCUCCGGCCAACGAUGAGCGCCUUGUGCUCAAUGCGUGGCUGGGACCUGCUGGGACCGUGUCACCAGCGCAUACGGACCCUUUCUUCAAUUUCUACGGGCAAGUUGUCGGGCGCAAAACGAUAUGGCUAGCGUCUCCCGGAGUAUCGACGUACAUGUAUUCUUAUCCAAUUGGGGCAGAUAUCGCUGGCGAUGUAUCAAAUAGCUCUCAACAGCCGCGAAACCCAGCAGCGAACAACGAGAGCCCGUCGCUGAGCAACACCUCUCGAGUCGAUGUCUUGGUGUCAUCUCCUGAAGACCACUCCCGCAGUAAGUCGGAAUACCCUGCAUUUUGGGAGAAGGCGGUGCCCGAUGCGCUGUCGGUAACGUUGGAGCCCGGGGACUUGUUAUUCUUUCCGCCGGGAUGGUGGCAUGCCAUGCGCAGCGAGGAGAGAAGCUUCUCGGUUUCUAUGUGGUUCUAA